CAGCAAGUGCCAGGAAAGGGCAGCUGGCAAAAUGAUGCCCCAGAAGAAAAAGAGGAGGAAGAAAGACAUUGACUUCAUCGCACUGUACGAGGAGGAGCUGCUGAACUACGACUCGGAGGACAACGAGGAUGAGCUGGAGCAUGAGUACUACAAGGCCCGAGUGUAUGAGGUGGUCACAGCCACGGGGGAUGUUCGUGGUGCAGGGACAGACGCCAAUGUCUUCAUCACCAUUUUCGGAGAGAAUGGGCUCUCUCCCAAGCUCCAUCUCACCAGCAAGAGCAAAUCUGCCUUUGAGAAAGCCAACAUCGAUGUCUUCCGGGUGAGAACCAACAAUGUGGGCCUCAUCUACAAAAUCAGGAUUGAGCAUGACAACACAGGCUUGAACUCCAGCUGGUACCUAGACCGUGUGAUUCUGACCGACACAAAGCGGCCUCACCUCCGUUACUACUUCAACUGCAACAGCUGGCUGAGCAAGGUGGAAGGUGACCGCCAGUGGUGCCGUGACCUGUUGGCUAGCUUCAACCCCAUGGACAUACCCACAGGUAACAGGUAUGAAAUUAAGGUGUACACUGGUGAUGUCAUUGGUGCAGGAACAGACGCGGAUGUCUUCAUCAAUAUCUUUGGAGAAUAUGGAGACACAGGGGAACGGAGGCUGGAGAGUGAAAAGAACAACUUUGAAAAGGGAGCUGAAGACAAGUUCACACUGGAUGCCCCUGAUCUGGGGCAGCUGAUGAAGAUCACUGUUGGCCACAACAACAAGGGGGCGUCUGCAGGUUGGUUCCUGUCCAAGAUCCUCAUUGAAGAUAUUGCGAACAAAAGAAAAUAUGACUUUCCUCUUAACCGCUGGCUGGCCUUGGAUGAAGACGAUGGCAAAAUCCAAAGGGAUAUCUUCGUGGGUGGAGCUGAGACCACAGCUAUCUCAUACAUUGUCACCAUCUUCACUGGGGAAUUACAGGGGGCUGGGACGAAAUCCAAAAUCUAUUUGGUCAUGUACGGGGCCAAAGGGAAUAAGAACAGUGGAAAAAUCUUCCUGGAGGGUGGUGUGUUUGACCGUGCCCGCACAGACAUCUUCCACAUCGAGCUGGCCGUCCUCCUCAGCCCCCUUAGCCGGGUCUCCAUUGGACACGGCAAUGUUGGCGCCAACAGAGGCUGGUACUGUGAGAAGGUGGUGAUCCUGUGCCCCUUCACCGGCAUCCAGCAGACCUUCCCUUGCAGCAACUGGCUGGAUGAGAAGAAGAUGGAUGGGCUGAUCGAGAGGCAGCUCUACGAGAUGGUGUCUCUCAGGAAGAAGAGGAUGAAAAAAUUUGCUUGGUCCCUGUGGGUCUGGACGACUGACUUAAAGAAAGCUGGUACCAACUCUCCCAUCUACAUCCAGCUUUAUGGGAAGAAGGGGCGGACGGAUGCGCUUCUCCUGAACCCCAACAACAAGUGGUUAAGACCGGGCAUAAUUGAGAAGUUUAGGUUUGAGCUCCCGGAUCUCGGCAGGUUUUACAAGGUUCGGGCAUGGCAUGAUAGCAUGACUCCUGGCUCUGGGUGGCAUUUAGAAAAGAUGACCUUGAUGAACACUCUGACCAAGGACAAAUAUAACUUCAACUGCAAUCGCUGGCUGGAUGCCUUUGAGGAUGACAACGAGACUGUGAGGGAGAUGACUGCAGAGGGCCCAACAGUGCGGAGGAUAAUGGGCAUGGCCCGGCACCGUGUGACCAUAUGCACCGGGGACCUCCGAGGGGCCGGGACAGAUGCCAGUGUCUACCUCUGCCUUUAUGGUGACGUGGGGGACACGGGGGAGCGGCUGUUGUACAACUGCAAGAAUAACGACGAGAUGUUUCAGAAAGGCAACGCCGAUGAAUUCACCAUUGAGUCGGUCACCAUGCGGAAGGUGAGGCGGGUGAGGAUCAGACACACGGGCAUAGGCGGGGGCAGUGGCUGGUUCCUGGACCGGGUGCUGGUGAGAGAGGAGGGACAGCCUGAGAGCGACAAUGUGGAGUUCCCAUGUCUCAGGUGGUUGGACAAAGAUAAGGAUGAUGGACAGUUGGUCCGAGAGCUGCUGCCCAGUGAUAGCAAUGCAACACUGAAGAACUACCGCUAUCAUAUCCGCUUGAAGACGGGGGAUGUCCCUGGGGCCAGCACCGAUUCCACAGUCUUCAUCAAGCUCUAUGGCGAUAAAUCUGACACCAUCAAGCAAGACCUUCUUGUCUCUGACAACAAUCUGAAGGACUAUUUUGAACGUGGCCGCGUGGACGAGUUUACCCUCGAGACCCUGAACAUUGGGACUAUCAACCGGCUGCUGAUCGGGCAUGAUGGCACGGGCAUGGGCGCCAGCUGGUUCCUGGCCAGUGUGCAGAUCCGUGUGCCCCGCCAAGGCAAGCAGUACACCUUCCCUGCCAACCGCUGGCUGGACAAGAACCAGGCUGAUGGGCGCCUGCAGGUGGAGCUCUAUCCCAGUGAGGUCGUGGAGAUCCAGAAAUUGGUCCACUACGAGGUUGAGGUUUGGACGGGAGAUGUGGGCGGUGCAGCCACCACUGCCCGAGUCUACAUACAGAUCUAUGGCGAGAAAGGCAAGACAGAGGUGCUCUUCCUCUCCAGCCGCUCGAAAGUCUUUGAGCGGGCAUCCAAGGACACAUUCCAGCUGGAGGCAGUUGACGUCGGGGAGGUCUUCAAGAUCCGACUGGGGCACACGGGUGAGGGCUUCUCGCCCGGAUGGUUCGUGGACAUGCUGUGGCUGCGGCACCUGCUGGUGCAGGAGGUGGAGCUCACCCCCGAGGAGGAGGCCCGGAAGAAGAAGGAGGAGGACAAGCUGCGGCAGCUGCUCAAGAAGGAGCGGCUGAAGGCCAAGCUGCAGAGGAAGAAGAAGAAGAAGAAGGGCAGUGACGAGGAGGAUGAGGGGGAUGAGGAGGAGUCCUCAUCCGAGGAGUCCUCGUCUGAAGAGGAGGAGGAGGAGUCAUCUGAGGAGGAGGAGGAAGAGGAGGAGUUCGGGCCGGGGAUGCAGGAGGUGAUUGAGGAGUACAAGUUCGAUGUCAACCGCUGGCUGGCCAGGGGCAAGGAGGACAAUGAAAUUGUCGUGGAGCUGGCGCCCUCCGGUCGGUCGGGUCCUGAGCCCAACACCUACCAGGUCCAGGUUAUCACAGGGAAUGUGCCCAAGGCUGGCACCAGUGCCAACGUCUUCCUGACCAUCUAUGGCGAGGAGUACGGGGACACAGGGGAGCGUCCUCUGCGGAAUUCAGACAAGUCCAGCAAGUUUCAGCCCGGGCAGACAGACACUUUCACCGUCAGUGCCAUUGACCUGGGGCCCCUGACCAAGAUUCGGAUUGGCCAUGACAACGCAGGCGGCAGCAAAGCAGGAUGGUUCCUGGACAGAGUAGACAUCACCGACAUGAACAAUGAGACCACGUACUACUUCCCAUGCCAACGCUGGCUGUCAGUGGAGGAGGAUGAUGGCCAGGUGUCCAGGGAGCUGUUGUCAGUGGAUGAGUCCUAUGUGCUGCCGCCGAGCGAGGAGGACGAGGAGGGUGGGGGUGGUGGUGAAAACAACGCCCUCGACAACAUGGGCCUGGAGCAGAAAGAUAAAUCUACCACAUUCCAAGUGACCAUAAAGACCGGGGACAAGAAGAAUGCAGGCACAGAUGCCAAUGUCUUCAUCACGCUCUUUGGUACACAAGACGACACUGGAAUGGCCCUCCUGAAAUCCUCCAAGACCAAUAGCAACCCGUUUGAGAGGGACAGCAUCGAUGUCUUCACAGUGGAAGCGCUGGACCUGGGAGAUCUGUGGAGAGUCAGGAUCGGCCAUGACAACUCAGGCAAGGCUCCAGGCUGGUUUGUAGAGUGGGUAGAGGUGGACGCCCCAUCUCUUGGAAAGUCCAUGACGUUCCCCUGCGGCCUCUGGCUAGACAAGAAUGAAGAAGACGGUGCCAUCGUCAGGGACCUCUUCCACGAGGAGCUUCAGACGAGGCUGUACACGCCAUUUGUCCCUUACGAGAUCACCAUCUACACCAGCGAUGUCUUUGCCGCCGGGACAAACGCCAACGUCUUCAUUGUCAUUUAUGGCUGCGAUGGCCUGUGCACCGAGCAGAGGAACCUGUGCACCAACAAGCGGGAGCAGAAGAUGUUCUUUGAGAGGAAGUCUGCCUCCCGCUUCAUUAUGGAGCUAGAAGACGUGGGGGAAGUCAUUGAAAAAAUCCGGAUUGGCCAUGAUAACACAGGCAUAAAUCCUGGGUGGCACUGUUCCUAUGUGGAAAUCCGCAGGCUCCUCCCAGAUAAAGAUGGUACAGAGACCGUCACUUUCGCUUGUGAUCGAUGGCUUGCCACCUCGGAGGAUGACAAGAAGACCAUUCGAGAGCUGGUUCCUUUUGACAUCUUCACUGAGAAAUACAUGGCGGAUGGGUCCUUAAGGCAAAUCUACAAGGAAGUGGAGGAGCCAUUGGACAUUGUGCUGUACUCGGUGCAGAUCUUCACAGGAAAUGUUCCCGGGGCAGGAACGGACGCCAAGGUCUACAUCACCAUCUAUGGAGACCUGGGCGACACCGGGGAGCGGUACCUCGGCAAGUCGGAGAACCGCACCAACAAGUUUGAGAGAGGGACGGCCGACACCUUCAUCAUCGAGGCAGCUGAUUUGGGCGUCAUCUACAAGAUUAAGCUCCGCCAUGACAACACCAAGUGGUUCGCGGACUGGUAUGUGGAGAAGGUGGAUAUCUGGAACGACACCAACGAGGACGAGUUCCUGUUCCUGUGCGGGCGCUGGCUGUCCCUGAAGAAGGAGGACGGGCGACUAGAGAGGCUCUUUUAUGAGAAGGAGUACACAGGGGACCGGAGUAGCAACUGCAGCAGCCCGGCCGACUUCUGGGAGAUCGCCCUGAGCUCCAAGAUGGACGGUGUGGACAUCGCCUCCGUGACGGGGCCCAUGGCCAACUACGUCCAGGAGGGCCGGGUCAUUCCCUACUAUGUGUCAGUCACCACCGCCAAGCACCAGGACGCAGCCACAGACAGCCGGGCCUUCAUCAUCCUCAUCGGGGAGGAUGAUGAGGUCAGUAACCGCAUCUGGCUGGACUAUCCCCGAGGGAAGAAGGGCUUCAGCUGUGGCUCCGUGGAGGAGUUCUACGUCGGAGGAUUGGAUGUCGGCGAAAUCAAGAAAAUAGAGCUGGGCCAUGAUGGGGCCUCCCCCGAGAGCUGCUGGCUGGUGGAGGAGCUGAGUUUGGCUGUGCCCACCCUCGGCACCAAAUACACACUGCGCUGCAAUUGCUGGCUCGCCAAGGACCGAGGAGAUGGCGUCACCUCCCGAGUCUUUGACCUCCUGGAUGCCACGGUGGUGAACAUUGGGGUGAAGGAGCUGUAUGAGAUGACUGUGUGGACGGGCGACGUGGUUGGCGGUGGCACCGACUCCAACAUCUUUAUGACCCUCUAUGGCAUUAACGGUAGCACAGAGGAAAUGAAGCUGGACAAAAAGAAGGCCAGAUUUGAGCGGGAGCAGAAUGACACCUUCCUCAUGGAGAUCCUGGACAUUGCUCCAUUCACCAAGAUGCGGAUCCGAAUUGACGGCCUGGGCAGCCGGCCCGAGUGGUUCCUGGAGAGGAUCCUCCUGAAGAACAUGAACACUGGGGACCUGACCAUGUUCUACUAUGGAGACUGGCUGUCCCAGCGGAAGGGCAAGAAGACCCUGGUGUGUGAAAUGUGUGCCGUCAUCAAUGGGGAGGAGAUGAUGGAGUACACUUCCUACACCGUCUCGGUUAAGACCAGUGACAUCCUGGGUGCGGGCACUGAUGCCAAUGUGUUUAUCACCAUCUUUGGGGAGAAUGGAGAUAGCGGGACCCUCGCCCUGAAGCAGUCAGCCAACUGGAACAAGUUUGAACGGAACAACACGGACACGUUCAACUUCCCUGACAUGCUGAGCCUGGGCCACCUCUGCAAGCUGAGGGUCUGGCACGACAGCAAAGGGAUAUUUCCAGGCUGGCACCUCAGCUACGUGAAUGUGAAGGACAUCGCCCGUGACGAGAUCUUCUCCUUCCAGUGUGACUGCUGGCUCUCCAAGACUGAGGGGGAUGGACAGACAGUCCGCGACUUUGCCUGUGCCAACAACGAGAUCCACGAUGAGCUGGAGGAGACCACCUACGAGAUCGUCAUAGAAACGGGCAACGGAGGCGAAACCAGGGAGAACGUCUGGCUCAUCCUGGAGGGCAGGAAGAACCGAUCCAAAGAGUUUCUCGUGGAAAAUUCUUCCAGACAGCGGGCCUUUAGGAAGGGGACCACAGACACAUUUGAGUUUGACAGCGUCUACUUGGGGGACCUUGCUGCCAUCUGCGUGGGCCACCUUGCCAGGGAGGAGCGGUUCAUCCCCAAGAGAGAGCUGCUCUGGCACGUCAAGACCAUCACCAUCACCGAGAUGGAGUACGGCAACGUGUACUUCUUUAACUGCGACACCCUCAUCCCCCUGAAGAGGAAGAGGAAGUACUUCAAGGUAUUCGAAGUCACCAAGACGACCGAGAGCUUUGCCAGCAAGGUCCAGAGCCUGGUGCCGGUCAAGUACGAGGUCAUCGUGACGACGGGCUACGAGCCCGGGGCGGGCACGGACGCCAACGUCUUCGUGACCAUCUUCGGCUCGAACGGGGACACGGGCAAGCGGGAGCUGAAGCGGAAAAUGCGCAACCUCUUCGAGCGGGGCAGCACCGACCACUUCUUCCUGGAGACGCUGGACCUGGGCGAGCUGCGCAAGGUGCGCGUGGAGCACGACAGCAGCGGCUACUACUCGGGCUGGCUGGUGGACAAGGUGGAGGUCACCAACACCAGCUCGGGCGUGGCCACCAUCUUCAGCUGCGGCCGGUGGCUGGACAAGAAGCGGGGAGACGGGCUCACCUGGCGAGACCUCUUCCCUUCUGUCUGAGGGGCUGGAGGUCUUCCUUCCAGCUUCUCACCCAGCUGCUCCCAACCACACCGUCCUAUCCCUCACCGUGGCUUCCGGCAGACUUUCCCCGAAGCCCCCCGGAGCUGGGACUGGGGCCCAGAAGGGGACAUGUGCCUCUGUGGGCCAGAACAUCGGGGUCCUUCAGGGGACACGCUGGGUGACUUCUUGGGGGGCCCUGCCCCUCCCCAGUCUCUGGAACCUACAGGAACCAUCAACAUGCGUCCCAAGCCGUGGCUGCACGAAAAUAACUCUGCAUUUUCUUUUCCAAUAAUAGCGGCGGCCAGGCUGACACUGCUGGGGGUGCAGAUGGGAAACCGGGCUUCACCCAGGGGACAGAAGUGGGGAAGAAGAUGGUGUAUUUUAAUAAAAAAAACUAAUUAACACUUUCCCCUAAAAAAGCUGGGCUAAUUAAAUUAUUACCAACCACACCCCACAAAGAAUGCAUCUUGACAUCUGCUCACUGAAAAUGGACCCUUUUCCCAGUUUC